AUGUCUAUUUUUCCAUUACUUUUCCUUAUGAAUGCCAUGAUGUUUCAUGGCGUUUGCAGUCAAAUGGUUGGAACAAAACCACCACCAACUUGUCCAAGCAUUGAUGAAAUAAAAUCUACUAUGGGGGAAUUAUUCGAUACACAAACAAAAAUUUUAUUGACAAAACUAGCCGAAAUGGAAACACGUUUAAAUGAGUUAGAAUCUUGUAACCAUAUGGGACCCAGCGAACUUUUUAUGGGUAUUUAUGAAAAUUUGACUAUCUACAAUGAUUGGACAUUACUUUACAAUAAACCUUAUAAUCAUAGUACAACAAGCACAGAAUUAAAAGCAGUAGCUGAUCAAUGCUACAGUGAUCGUGUAGUUGUUGGAGCAAUGGAAAAUGAAAAUUCGGCUAUAUUGAAUGUUGCUGCUGUUGGUCCAACACGAGUACUUUAUCUUAAUGUUUCGUCUGAAACACCGGAAGAAAUCGAAAACGUCUUAUGGUAUCUCGAGUCAGGAAGGACAUUUGGUUUUCGACCAACUGACAAUGAUCCUAAUGAACCACCAAAAUCAGAACUUUUCUUAGGUUGGUACGUUGAUGUCAAUUACGGCGGUUGGCGGGCUGGUAAAGCUACGAAUCUUUAUCAAAAUUCAAAAUGGCGUAAAAUCAUUUAUUGUAUGCCAACUUUUUAG